AUGUUUCUGCACACUGGCGUCCAAGAACAUCUUUGGGGCUGGAAAUGGAGGUCGUCGCACUGUAUUGUGACAUUCGUAAUAUGGCUAGGUAUUAUUGUAGACAGUCUAUCACUCGCUUUGUGUAUACCCGUUGUCCCAUUCCAGUUGAAGGCACUCGGUUAUACAGAUGCAGCUUCUCUGACGGGAUGGCUUUUUUUUGCAUAUGGUGGAAGCAAUGUCAUAACCUCUGCGCUCAUUGUUAUCUGGUCUGAAGCAUACGACACACGAAAGCUUCCGUAUUCUAUUGGUAUAUUGUCGCUUAUUGUUUCCCAAAUCAUGUUCAUGGAGGCUCCUUCUUACUGGGUCAUGUGUCUUGCGCGGUGUCUUCAGGGCGCAGCAAGUGCGGCAAGGAUGGUUAUUGGUCCGGCAGCUAUGGCAACUGGGCAUUGCAUUGUCGGGCGCUCCUGUUGGGUGCGAAUAUCCCCUUUCUUCUUUUUAAAUGAAGCAUCGAGUAUUUUUAGUCUGCUUCUUGGAACCCCAAUAGCCGGACUGCUAUACACCCAUUUCGGUUUUCGCGGGCCCUUUGUUUUUAGCUCUAUAGCCGCCUUGCCUAUCCUGGCUCUCUGGCUUCUCAUCAUCCCAGUCAGAUAUGCGUCCGCGCCGCUGUGUUUUGCUGAUAGGUCGGAUGAGAUCCCGUUGGAAAGUGAGAGAGAAGGAAGAACUACUGCUUCCUCAGGCGAAGUGCAGAAUAAGGCCUCGCCUGUGAAGGUUCUCCAUCUCAUGCUCCAGUCGCCCCGUAUAGUUGCAGGGAUGUGUCUCGCGUUUAUCCAUGGCAUGCUAGAUAAUUUUAUGCAACCCAUCGUGCCGUCUCACCUGAACAGCGUCUGGGGCCUCAAUGUUUCUCAAGUCGGCCUUGUCUUCUUGGCUCCUACCAUUUCUGCUGUACUUCUUUCUGGCUGGCUUGCAGACCGUCGAGGUGUUUCUGUAGUUAUUGUAAUCACCUCGGCCUUGGCUAUCCCAUGGUUUGUAAUCCUGAGCAUAGCUAGGUACUUGUCAUUCUUCAUUGUUGUGUACUUUUGCGCGUUCUUUUUCGGCUCUGGAGUCUUAUCGCCGAUAUUAGCCGAGUUUGCGUCUACUUCACGAAGCAUUGAUGGUGUUGGCUGUAAGUGGUUCAUAGGCUAUUUUCUCGUGGUACUAAGUCCCAUCGAUCAAGACAUGUACGAUAACCUCGCCGAUGGAUGGAUGGAUAUCUGUUUAAUGGCGGCCGGACUACAUGUAUGUGGCAUGGUAAUGACUUUCUUCUACAUAGGAGAGAAACCCAUCACGCGAAGCUCCUUCCGGCGUAUCAGACAUUUAGCAUCGUAG